AUGAGCAAGGCCCAUCCACCAGAGUUGAAGAAGUACAUGGACAAGGAGAUGGAUCUCAAGCUGAACGGAAAUCGACGUGUUUCCGGAAUUCUCCGAGGAUUCGACCCUUUCAUGAACAUGGUCAUCGAUGACGCCGUUGAGCACACAAAGAAUGGCCAGGAUCUCCCAAUGGGAAUGAUCGUUGUUCGAGGAUCAAGUGUCGUUAUUAUGGAGCCAAAAGAGCGGAUCGUC